AUGGAUGGUUCGUCCCCUCAUUCAAGUGAUCCCCACCAUAGAUGCAUCCAUUACGAUCCGAAGAAGCUCAAAAUCAUUUCAGGUGGGGUGUCAUCAAGACAGGCUUCUGCGUCACCUCCUCAACAUUCUAAUAUCGUACGCUUGUACGGCUACUUCUACGAUGUAAAACGAGUUUACGUGAUGUUGGAGUACGCACCUAGAGGCGAAUUGUCAAAAGACAUACAGAAGUUUAAUUUUUCUAACACUCGAUCCGCUACAUACGUCUAUCAACUAGCGCAUGCUCUUGAUUACUGUCAUGACCGUAGAGUUAUCCAUCGUGACAUCAAUCCUUCAAACAUCUUACUGGGUGCGAAUGGAGAGUUAAAGGUUGGUGAUUUUGGCUGCGCAGUUCACAGUCCAGGUUCUAAGCUCACUGCUGUUUGGGGCACGCUGUCCUACCUUGCGCCGGAAAUGACUUCUGUGGAUUCUAUGCACGAUUUCAAAUGUGACAUAUGGAGUCUUGGAGUUACGGCUUAUGAGAUGCUGUGCAAAAGAGUUCCUUUCGAGAAAACGUCUGAGAGGGAAACUUUGCUUGCAAUCCAAAAUGAUGAAGUCGACUUUAGCUUUAUAAAAUGUGGAGACGCCGUCCGUUUUUUAAAGCGAGUGCUAGAAAAAGAUGCAACAGUACGAAUCACAGCCGCAGAGGUAAUCCAGGACCCCUGGGUGAGUAAGCACAGCGAGGCCUCCCUUGUUCAGUGCCACGCUGCACUUGAAGACUGGGAGGUGGCAAAAGGCAUGACGGGUACAGCUUCAACGUCAGUCUGCGCGUCCGCCCCCAAAUUCGACUCGAUAGGACUUUGA